AAUACUACUUUACUCUCACUCACUCACUCACCAAGACUGACUUUUGAUUUUCUUAUGGUCUCUGUGCUUAUGCUAACACAAAAGUCAUUCACAACUUCAAUUUCCUAUCAUGGCUUUUUCAUUGUUUCUCAAUCUCACUUUCAAAUGCCUUCAUCAUUUCGCAUGGCCUUUUCUUGCUCUGCUGUAUCCUAUGUGUGCUUCCGUACAAGCAAUCGAGACUGAUUCCGAUGAACAAACUAAGCAUUUGAUCUCAUAUUGGAUACUUCUUUCAUUAAUUUACCUCUUUGAAUAUGCUUUAAUCAGCCUUAUUCCAUGGUUUCAGCCCUGGCUGUACAUUAAGCUAAUGAUCGUUUUCUGGCUCACUAUACCGGACUUUGGACGAGCUUCUUAUGUUUAUAAUAACCUUAUUCGCUCCAUGAAACCCAAAAUAGACACAUGGAGGAAGUGUUUUGUUGAGGAAGAUAACUUUUUAAUGCAUGUAGAGAAAUAUAUGAAAGAGAAUGGAUCUGAAGCCUUAGAGAAACUCAUUGCUAGCAAGAACACAAUGUGUUGGAAUAAUGCAGAAACGACAAAUGAAAUCAUCGCUACCGAUAAUAAAGAAGUACUAAAGACAAAUGGAAUAAAACUCCAACCAGAACACAAAGACAUCAAAGAUUUGGAGGCUAUUGAGGAAAAAGAAGUUCAUGUUACAAAGCAAGAUAUUCCUUUUAUGCCUAAAAUUGUGACAAGUCAAAAUGCAUCAUCAGUCACUAAAGGAACAGCAGACAGUGACACAGCUGGUGGCAAGCUUCCUCUUAGUACUACGCACAAGGAAGUACAGAAAGAGUGGACUUGUGCUUUGUGUUUGAUAACAGCUACAAGUGAGAAAGACUUAAAUUCCCACCUUAAUGGGAGGAAACACAGAGAUAGUUGUGAGGCAGCUUUGAGAGCAAAGAAGCAAGCUGCUCUGCAGAAGCUGAAAAAUUAUCAGUCCAAAGAGGAUGUAAAACAGAAGAGUUUUAGCAAUAAGUUAGAUUCGAGUGUCAAGAAUGGAGAUGGACUUGUUAACAAAGGGUCGAAGGGAACAGUAGCGAUGCAUCAUAAGGUGCUAAAGAAUCUGUCUGAGCCUGUUAGGAUACAUAAUUCCAAAUUAAUGUGCUUAGUUUGUAAUUCUGUCCUUCAUUGCGAGGCCAAUGUGGCCUCUCACCUAAAUGGGAAGAAGCAUUUGGCUAAAAUGCAAAGCAAUGUUGAUAGUUUAAAUAACCUUAGAGACACUGGCGUUGCUCGAAAUUAAGUUGAAAGGGAAUUGGGGUAGCAAGCUCCAAGCCUCAUUGACUCAUGUUUAUAUAUCAGCUGUGUACAUUAAAUUGCUGCAGAUGAUUCUUAUAUGGAAAUGCCUAAUAGUUUUGAAA